GCUUUUAAAGAUGGAGAGUGGGAGACUCGAUUUGGAGACUCAUGCCGAGGUGAACGGCACUAACAAGCCAACUGCCGCCACGUAUAAGUCUAUUCCUGACGACGAUACUAAUUGGCAAGACAAGAAAGGAGAAAAUAUCGGAGACAUGGGAAAGCCUGAGAACGAGGAGAUCGAUGAUGGAGCUAAGGAAAAGAUGCUCAGCGAGGAGGUGAAAAUUAGUCCUAAGAAAGAUGUUUCCCAGGUGAUAUUCAUCUCCGAAAAUGGUGAUGCAAAGAUAGACGUUGCCCCAAAAGGACCCGUUCUCUCAGGAAUGGGAAAGGAGGAGCUCAUGAAAUACGCGAAUGAUCCCUUCUGGAUUCGCCUUCGGUGGUUCCUAUUCAUUGGUUUCUGGCUCCUCUGGUUGGCGAUGCUCUUGGGAGCAGUGGCCAUAAUCGUCAUGGCCCCUAAAUGCACCGCACCACAGCCCAAGACCUGGUGGGAAAAGUCCCCCAUUGUUCAGCUGGAACCGGACGACCUAAAGGGCAAAGACGCGAUUUCCCUCUCACAUCUCUUGGACAGAUUGAAGAAUCAGCACGUUUCAGUUAUAUCUCUCUCUAACAUUCUCAAGUCCACGUCCCCAGGGCAUGUCACGGACUUCAGGGAUGUUGAUCCCAGCAUAGGAAUGGAGAAUGUCAAGACUUUGAUCAAAUUGGCAAAGGAGAAGGAGCAGAAAGUGCUUCUGGAGAUCGAUCCCAAUCACUCGGGGAUCGAUCACCCUUGGUUCAAUAGGUCCCAGAAAUUAGAGGAACCUUACUCGAAUUAUUACGUCUGGGCUAAUCACAAGGUUGGGACUGAUGGUAACAAUAAUCCACCCAAUAAUUGGCUCAGCACUUAUGGAAAGUCCGCCUGGGAAUGGAGUUCCAGCCGGGGACAGUACUAUCUUCAUCAAUUCGACAAGUCGCAGCCUGACUUGAACUUCAAUAAUUCGCUGGUUAUCGAGGAAUUCAACAAGAUCUUCAGCCAUUGGUUGGAUCUGGGGAUCAAUGGGUUCAGGCUAGGAUUCACACAGCACUUGAUUGAGGAUCCUGCCCUUCAGGACGAGAAAAUGAGCACAAACGCCGCUCAAGCUGAUGAAUACGAGUCCUUAGUGCAUGUUCACACCAGAGAUAGGGUGGAGAACGCUCAAGUUCUCAGAAUCUGGAGGGAGAAUGUUAUUAACAAAACGAAGGAGGAUGGUUUGUUUGCUCUGAGGGACGAUAUCGCCUCGGAUAUUCUCGCUGUUUUCAAUGAGAAGAAUAAACUCGUGGAUUUACCACAGAGCUCGAUGUUCCUGAUGCAUGCCGACAAUGGAAUCACUGCCAAAGCACUCCAAGAUGGAAUUAAACCAUGGAGGGAUCAUGUUUACAAUAGCUCAAAGGCUUCAUGGCCUGCGUGGGAUUUGAAUGGAGAUAAAACAGCUCUACGUAAUCGUACCCUACCAGCGGUUGCUGAGAGUCUCACGUUGAUGUCCCUCCUUCUGCCAGGCACUCCAGUCCUCAAGCUCAAUGAUGUUUUACAUGAGAAGGAUUCUGAAAAAACAGCGUUUGCAACGAUAUCAGAAAAACGUAACGAUGAAAUAUUUCUGAAUGGAGAUUUCCAUUCUGACAUCGUCAAUGGCACUGUCUUUGUAUACACCAGGUUAAAGAGUGGGCUGCCUGGUUAUUUGGUAGCUUACCAGAGCUCAGAGCAUCCAGCUGUUAUUGAUCUGUCUGGGAUUCCUCAUGUCCCUAAGGAGGUCAAUGUCCUGGCCUACAGUUCAAAUUAUUUGUCAGAGAAAAAAGCAGGAGAAACGAUUGAGACGAAACUCUCCUCGACCAGGGUGCCUAUAGCCCCCAAAAGUACUCUGGUACUCACCUUCGUCCCAUCUAAGGAUGAAAAAUAAAUAACCAAGUGAGCAAAAUGACAUUUAUGCCAGGAAGUGAACCGGUCUUGAAACGCAUUUAAAAGCUUUUAUUUAUGUAUCUAGCGGGAUUAUGUAUGAAUCACCCGUUUAUGAGAAAUAACAAUGAUUCACAUCAGCACUAAAAGUGGUCAUUUUUUAGUUUUUGUUCAAAGCAAAUAAAAGAAAAUAAAAUUUAUACUUCAAUUUUCCUACCA